AUGGCGACAGUAACCUCCAAACAGCGCCUCGCCGUCGCAAUCUGCGAAUUCCUCUCCACCUCGGUCAACGACGGCACCCUCCCCGCCGACGACAAGGACUCCAUCGACGUCGCAAUCCAGUGCAUCGCAGACUCCUUCAAGGUCGACCCCACCGACAAGAAAAUCCUCGCAGAGGCCGUCGGCGCCCAGAACCUCUACCAAGUCUACUCCGUCUACGAGAAGCUCAAGAACGCCUCCACCCCGGCCGCGGCAGCGGGCGCUUCCGCCGGCGCAGCAGCAGCAGGCGCAGCCGACGCCGCCGCCUCGGCCUCCAAGACGGUGACCGAAGAAGAUAAGAAGGAGGCCGACGCCCUCAAGUCAAAGGGCAACGCCGCCAUGGCCUCAAAGGACUACCCCUCCGCCAUUGCCCUCUACACUCAGGCCCUGGCCCUGAACCCCGGCAACGCCGUCUUCCUCUCCAACCGCGCGGCCGCCCACUCCGCCGCAAAGGACCACGAAUCCGCCAAAGCAGACGCCGAGGCCGCCGUCGCCGUCGACCCGGCCUACACGAAAGCCUGGUCCCGCCUCGGCCUCGCCCGCUUCGCCCUCGGCGACGCAAAGGGCGCAAUGGAGGCCUACGGAAAGGGCAUCGAGUUUGAGGGCUCCGGCGGCAGUGAGGCCAUGAAGAAGGGCUUCGAGACGGCCAAGCGCCGCGUCGAGGAGAUGUCGGUCGAGGAGCGCGAUCUGCCCCGCCAGUCACCCGGCAUCGGUGGCGGCAUGGGCGGUGGCGCGGGCGGUAUGCCCGACUUGAGCAGUCUGGCGAGCAUGCUCGGCGGCGGAGGAGGGGCUGGUGGUGGUGCGGGCGGUGCCGGAGGCAUGCCCGAUUUCAGCCAGAUCAUGAACAACCCUAUGUUCGCGAGCAUGGCCCAGAACCUGAUGAGCAACCCUGACAUGAUGAGCAACCUCAUGAGCAACCCGCGUCUGCGCGAGAUGGCCGACCGCUUCGGCAGCGGUGGAGGCAUGCCUGACCUGAACGCUCUCAUGUCCGACCCCAACAUUGCAGACAUGGCACGCAACAUGAUGGGUGGUGGAGGUGCACCGGGCGGUGCUGCUGGCGGAGCUCCCGGCGGAGGCGCUGGUGCUGGCCGUGGAGGCUCGGCCUAA